AGCAAGUGCACAGAGUGUAGGAAAAUCAACAGUCUCAACGUGUCGUUUCUCCUUUUUACUAGUCUUACCGCAGUCGUAUUAAAACGGCUGGCAAGAUGCAGUAUAAUCGACAUCGAGUCCGCAUGAAAGGUUUUUACUGGUGAUUUCUCCAUCCUCCUCACAGUCUUGAUAGAUGACUUCUCGAAGCGGGGACAAAACUGGACACGUUGGACUUUUAUUUAUCACUCUGCUCCAAAAAAAUUACAUUGUGAAAGGAUAUAUGACACGAGCAUUUCACCAGAGAUUAUUCGUCGUUCAGAUGAACAUUUACUGACUGCUACACCAGCUCACCUUGGAAGGAAGAAGGGGAGUGACUCUUGAACCUCAUGCCUCCACAAAGCCAUUUAUGAGGCAAGCCUUCCUCCACACCAACAGACCAGCAUGGACAAAGGGCUCCGAACACGACUAGAAGCAGGAGUGGCAGAUGAGAAAGACCAUCUUAAUCAAGGGAAGAACCCAUUAGCAGGGAGCGCUGACUUGGGACAUGAAUGCUGCAAACGUAAUGGUUUGAUCAAUACCCACAACCUAAUGGUUGAGACUAAGGAAGGACUGGUGUCGGUCUAUUCUGCUCCACAGUAUCAGGGCCAUGUGGUGUCCAAGGACAAAAAUGGGACACCGGAUGGUAGAGGACCCCCACAGUUGCUCAACCCCAGCACCCUUCCCCAGGCUAUAGACCCUUACUACAGGCCCAACCUCAUUCUCUACCCCGAGAGCGUGUUGAGAGCAUGGGGAGAGGGAGGGGACUGCUGUGAAACCACCUUCAUUGAGGACAUGACCCCUGCCUCGUCUGCCACAGCCGUCACUAAAGACGGGAUUCUGUUCUCUGAAAGCAGGCUUCUGGAUCUCUCUAUGGAAGACGCCAAGAUUCAGACACUGUCCUAUGAUGUAGACGAUGACGAUGAUGAGUUUCAAGAACUCGAGAGUGAGUACUCAAGUGACUCAGAGAGUGAAGACAAUUUCCUCCUGAUGCCUCCGAGGGACCACCUGGGCCUCAGUGUUUUCUCCAUGCUCUGCUGUUUCUGGCCCCUGGGAAUUGCAGCUUUCUACCUGUCUCAUGAGACUAACAAAGCGGUGACUAAAGGGGACUUUCACCAUGCCAGCUCCAGCUCCAGACGUGCGCUCUUCCUCGCCGUACUGUCCAUCACCAUCGGGACAGGCAUCUACGUGGGUGUGGCCGUGGCCCUUAUCGCAUACCUCUCCAAAAACAAUCACUUGUAGCCUUUUCAUGCCCAAACCACUCGUUCUUUUCAGCUUUCAGAUAAAGACUGGUUUACUUUGGGAUCAGCUUUUUGAGAAAAUGCCCAAAGGUCACAAUAUGGGACUCACCAGCAAUGUGUUCCACUCCUGCACUUUUAAGUGUCGCGUUCCCAUUUCAUUGGGAACAUAAUUGUUUGUGCAAAUGUCCUGAUCACCUCUCUGCAUUUUUUUUGUGUGAAUAUGCCACCACCACAAAAUUAUUAGUAUUAUUGUUUUUUUGUGCUCAACAUUUGUGCAAGUGCAAAUCUAAUGCUACACACAUGAGAUUUUGACCAAUUUAAAGUCAAUUUGAAAUUCAUUUACUUAAGUAAAGAACUGAUUUACUUAAUGCAUGUUCCCGCUCAUAUUGUGCACAUUGGUCCAAAGAAAUCAUUCAUCAAAAUUGAAACUUUUACUCUGCAACUGAAACAACUUUCCUAUUUGUCAUCAGAUAGCACUGAAUAAUGGAUGGCCUAUCCAAAAAAUUCCCACUAGAUGAAAUCAAACCGGUUGCACCAGCUGUGCCCAAGUUACAACUUAGCCUAAUUGCAAAAGAAUUUUAGAAAGUAAAAGAAAGUACAACUUACACACUACUAAAUAUAAUUUGUUGCACCAUUAAAAUGUGUUGAAACUCUACGUAUAAACUAAAUAUUUAUGGAAGCCUUCAACCAGGAGUAACAGUCAGAAUAAAACAGCAGAUUGAUUGAAUUGCAGCGGAUGCACACAAGACUGAGUCGCCAAGCACCAAGGGCAAUCUGAGCACUUCAAAUGGAAGUGUCUCCGCUGGGUGAAUCCCCAUAGGCCUCCCAUUCCUCUGCGCGCUCUUUCAGGGGAGUUCACGGAUGAGUUAGGCGGUUCACCUUUGGGUGAAUUUAAUUUCUCAUUCGGGGCUCUCGAAAAUGAUAAACUAUUGAUUGCAGCAUUGAAGGGUAGCGGAUGACUCACCUAGGCCCCCACUAUCUCGUGUGAUAGCGCAGGGUGAGCCUGAGUGCUAUGCUUGGCCAGGCCACCCUGUCUGGUGCUUUCGUGGUUGGAUGAUUGGUUUCUGAGCUCGAAGACUGAUGCACAGUUGCACUCUGUCCCAGUGCCUUUCUUCUGGAAAGUGCACCAGGAGAUCCCUGCAUGCCAUAGCCAUCCUGCAGGUCUAUCAGGUUAAGGCAUUUGAAAGAACUGCACUAGGGCAGGUCCGACCCAAGGCUAAUGAAGGAGCUGUGCUCAGCGACAGAAGUCAUGACACAGGCUUCUGACCCAGAUGUCUACCUUGGAGCACCACGUAUGGCUUAACCUUACCGAGAUGCAAGAUGCAGGGAAAGUGUGCUUUCUCGACGCUCCCAUCUCCCAAGGUGGCCUCUUUGGCAACACUAUUGAGGUCUUCUUACAACAGUUAACAGCAGUGAAGAAGCAGAUGGAGGCAAUCAGACACACCCUGCCUCAGCAACCUACAGGCCUCCGAGGUCCCGCGCACUUUCGCUGAGGCCAUACCCCUCAAUGGAGGUCCUCCUUCAGGAAGGUGAGAUCCUUCAUUCUAUCAGGUAGUGAAAUUGCAAGCCUUUCCUCAGGUUUGAGAUAGACACAGUCUUAUCUCUGCAGUGUCCAGUUCAUAACCUGUGCAUUUAUUUGGAGCGCACUGAGACCUUUAGACGAUCUGAACAGCUCUUUGUCUGUUUCGGGGGACAGCAGAAGGGGAAGGCUGUCUCCAAGUAGAGGAUCGUCCACUGGAUUGGGGAUGCCAUUUCUCUUAGGGCGUGCUGUGCCCCUGGGAAUACGGGCACACUCCACCAGUGGAGUUGCUCCCUCCUGGGCACUAGUGAAUGGCACCUCCCUGUGACAGGCAUCUCUAGAGCGGUGGGGUGAGUUACACCCAAUACUUUUGCAAGAUUUUAUAAUCUCAGAGUGGAUCCGGUUUUAACUUCAAGGGUUACUGGGUUCGAACGGGUAAAUGGUUGGGUAUAUCACUUGCACUCAGUGCCUUUCCCCUAGGAGUGUUGAAAUAAAUCGAUGCAGUAAUAGACCAUAAUAGAUUAAAGCCAGCUGACUUUUUUCGGACUUCUUGCGAAGUUGCGCUAGGAGAGAAUUGUGCUACCAAGCCCAACUCAUGCUAUGCCCCUUUUCAGGAGAGGCCGUAUACACUUGGGCUUAGUGCUCCAUAUGUGCUGAUUAGCUAUUUGUAAUCCCAUAUGAAGUAUUUACUCUGUUUCCCUGUCUGUAAACCCGGUGUCUUCCACUAAUGAGAGCCUCGCUCUGCCUCUAGUCGCUGUGGUUGUGAGUUUCUCCCUUCUCAGGCACCCUUCACACAGAGUUUCUCUAUUUGUGGCACCUCCUGGUUGGUAAGUCAAUGUGAUGUAUUUUCCACGUCUGGCCUGCUCAGCUGUAAGUUUUUGUAAAAAAAACACAAACAAACAAAAAAAAAUGGCUGAAGCAACCUAUUCCCAUUAUAACUAUGGUCCUUACUGGCCCUUGUGGUACGAAGAACUACAGUAACUUACUUGGGGGCAUUGAAAAGGUUAGGAUGUGGCCUGAGUUCACUUGUUCUUAGACACGCAGUUGUCUUCUGACAUCUGCACUGUCAAACCUUGUGACAGAGUUCAGCUGGUUGUGGAAUUUAGCAUUGGGACCACUAGUGUCAAUACAUUGACACCAUGUUGUGUAAGUGACUGAUAGGGUACGUCUUGGUUACUAUUGUAAACUUUUUUCCCUGAUGGAGGGAACGAGAUAUUGUGACCCUCCUGCCACAACACUGAACUGCCUGAAAUGGUCUCGGCUCCUCAGCACGAACCUGAAUGAGUGGAGCAAGCCAUCUCCUUUUAUACCUGUAUUAAGAAUGUAUUGCAUGCAAAUUCAUUUACCAAUUAUCAGUCCUUUUCUAGAAUUUCAGAGGUUUUGGGGCUGCAAAGGGCUACCCCUAGAGUCACUACAUCGACACAAUGUCUUACGACGUCACUCAGCCUCUAGUGUAGACUUUAUGGUCCAAGAUCUUCUAAAACAGCUGGUGCAACUCCACCCAUUUUUUUUUUCCUUUUUUUUCUCAGAAAUCAGAUUAUUGAAGUUAAAUGGGCUGUGAACAGUAUUUCAUCUUGACUUUAAUGUUGGGUUGUCACAAACGGUAUUUGGUAUACAGAUCUAACCUGUCAAAAGAUCCGAACAAGAUCUGAAUUAGAAUCUGAACAAUCAGAUGACUUUUCUUGAAUGUUUUUUUGGAUUAUGUAAAGCAUCUAUUUGAAGUGCCACAGUGUUUUCAAGACUUUUUAAGAGGUUCGAAAUCUUAAGGUUUGUGAAACACGAAGGGGCAUUUGCAACACUCUUUUGAUAUUACAGAAACAAAAUGAACAUGAAGCCAUAUAGAUGGGUUGCUCAAGCCUGCGUGUGGACUUUUUCUGAAUGUAUGGGUGAAGUCAUUCUUGUGGGGCUGUAACAUUCACUAUUGACCACUCUGUAAUAAAGUCCUAAGGCUUUCAGUUUCUAUUAUGUCUAUCUAUAAAGCUGUAAAUGCCUCUGUAAUUUUCUCCCAUACUUUGGGAAACACCUCUUGCCAGCAAGCUCAUGCUAAUUAAAUGUGGUCUUUUCAUUCAAA